AUGAAAAAAUCGAAAGGUAGCGAUCAGAAAGCAGCAGCGCAGAAAGCACUCACCCACAAUUUACGUGCAUUAUCGAAGAUGACGCGUGGUCAUAUGAAGAUGCAGGCAAAGGCCAAGAAUAUGAAAAAGCAGGAGGCGCUGAAGAAGUCUGUUGGACAUGAUCAAAAAGGCGCCUGUCUCAAAUCCCUCAUCUAUAAAUGCACUGUAUGCAUGGCCCAAAUGAUGGACAAAAGGAGCUACAGAGAACAUUUCGAGUCGAAGCAUCCGAAAAGCCCGCUACCAGCUGAGUUAGCUGAGAGUGAACAACCAGCCGGAUCAUAA